CUCGCCACACUUCGGUCAUGCUUUUUAUUUUUAACAUAACAAUUCUCGUUUUCCCGAUGGGCGGCUGUGCUUUUUGGAACGUAUCUAAAUGAGAGAAUAUUCUGAGGGGAGAAGAAAUGCUACAACCAGAGUCGCGACUCUGUAUAAUAUUGAAUAUAUUUUUUAUCGCUCGUGAAAACGUCUUCGGUCUGAAGACAGAUGCGGUUUGUUCAAAUUAUGAUUUGUUACAAAAUAAACCGAUGACAAGUAAAAUUGUCGAUGAAAACGAAAUCAAAUAUUACGAUUUUGUAAACGACGAUAAACAUUUUACUAACAAACCUGAAAUUAAUGCAAAUUCAAUUGAUCCUAUACGAGACGAUUUAAACAAGUAUAUGAACAUUGAGACAAAUGACAAAGCUGAAAUCGUUGGAAGUGCAGAAGAUGCAAACGAUUGUUUGUGUGAACAAACAGAAUAUGAAUCCAGCGAACCUGAAAAUUUGGUCGAAAGUAAUAAAAAUGACAACUUGACUUAUGUAUACAUUACCGGUAUGGAUGAUAGUCUCGUGGAACUGAAGCGAAACAUACAGAAAUACGGAAAAGGUCACGAAUUGAUAGUUAAUUUUUAUUUAUAUAAAAACCAAAAAUGGUAUGACCUGGGCUACUUAUACACAGAUGCGUAUAUUUUACGUUAUUUUAUACCGAAUUAUGAAAAAAAAUUUUGUGUCGUCAAUUCAAAGAAUAAUUGGUGUUUCGAUAAUUUAUCAAAAAAACAUUAUUUGAAGGACUUCAACAUAGAGACGGAAAGCUCAAAAUUCGAUAAAGAAGUUGAAAAUUUUCAACCAAUGGUAGCUGAAUCAAAGAAUGUAUGCAAACUAAUAGAAUAUGUACCGACAGAAGUUGAUGGCCAUUAUGAAUUAAAUAUUCCUAAAGAACAGCAAUAUACGGAUGAAAAUAUUUUAGAUAAUUACCAUCAAAAUAAUUUGAGAAAACAAAAUACAAAUUUAAAUAAUAAUAUAAGUCCGCAAAUUUCUUUGUUGGAAACUGAAGACCUGGGAUCUUCACAAACAGUCAUAAACAAUAACAUUGACUAUCCAGAAGAAGAACAUGAUGCAAAUACUGUAGAAGUUGCAACAGGUCAUAAAGUCUGCUAUAAGCAAGAUGUUAACAUGUUAGGAGAAGCAAUAAAGAACAAAUACGACAUGUCUUCUAAUGUCAUUACUUACGAUGACAGCAAUAAAGAAUCCAGAAUUGACAGAAAUAGUUCAAUGGACACCAUAAAGAGUAAUGAACUCACAAAUGAUAAUGAAAUUUUUUAUAAAAUUAACGAAAACAAUUUAAACUAUAUACCGAUCAAUACUAUAUCAGAUAAAGAAUCUGAUUGCAAUUAUUUAACUCAUCCCUGUUCCGCGAAAGCAAGCAAUAAUGAUAUCGUGAGAACAGAAAAUAAUUAUGAGUUGCUGAAAGGAAUAGAUUCGUAUGAUGAAAACAAUGCAGCCCGAACGGAAUUAGGAUAUCAUUUACAAUAUGACGAUGGUACAGGAACAAAAGGAUGUGAUAAGUGUUCAAAAACCAAUGAGGCCUUUCGUUAUAACCUAGCUAUACCAAACAUGGUAUCUACUCCGCGUUACGUAGGUGUCAUUAAAACAAUUGUAAAUCCAUUGAGCGUGGUGGAAACCCCAAAAUUAAUGUUUUUCCCAUACCAAACACAUUUGAUACCAAAUCAACAAGCCAAAACCAAUGAUAUGGUUUCCAUUAAUGAUGUUCCAGACUCUAAAAUUGUUUACAGGAAUUACAAUGACAAUGAAUCAAUUUUAACAAGACCUCAAGCUUCAGUGGAACAAAAAAUUGAAAAUGUAUUUAAGGAAUAUGUGCCAAAUUAUGAUUUACAAAGUCAAGUACAAUCAUCUCCAAUACCUUACGAGGAAGCUACUUUAACUGAUAAUAAUAUAAUUAAUGACGUCCAACAGCCCAUCAAGCAAGACACAUACCUAAAUAUGCCUGAUAUAGUCAUCACGCCGAUGUUAGUUUAUAGCGUAAGAGAGGUACCAACACUAAACUUCAUGCCUAUAAGAAAUUCUAAAUAUGCGAUGGGAGAGGAUAUAGAGAUCGCUAGAAAAUAUGUCGCUCAGAAAUACGGAGAUCCGAUGGUUAUUAGAGGCGUGUACAGUGCUUACAAGCCAUACGCCUACAUCAACGACAGUGGAUCCAGAGAGAUCCAGUACUUGCGGGCCCUUCCAUACUCCGUACCAGACACAAAAUUCGACUCUCCGUUCAGACCAGGAGCAAUGCAAGACAGCAAGGUUAUUGGACCAUCAGCAUCCCUCCGUCAUUCCCUUCACCUGAUGUUGCAGACGCCCAUGGGCGAUGGUAACUACUUCCCAUAA